UGCCAAGCGACGGCGUCCGCACCACGGCCUGAGGUUCGAGUCCCGGUGGUGCCCGCCGGCUCCGGGCGCUGCGGGCUGUGGUUCAUCCCGGGCUGUGCCGCUGCAGAGGGUCCUGGAGAAGAGACCAUGUCCAUCGCCGCCUCCAACACCAGCAUGAGGGUGCCCGCCGGCUUCCGGAACCUGCUGGAGGGGCUGGCGCGGGAAGUGCUGCGGGAGCAGCCCCCCGACGUGGUGGCCUUUGCAGCGCAGUACUUCCAAAAGCUGCUGGAGUGCAGAGAGGCUAGUGGCAUUGACCCGGUGGCGUGGGGAGCCAUGCUGGAGGACGACCGUCUCACCUGGCCCCCUUCCAAGGACCUGAAAGAGGCCGAGGAGGUGGAGGGGGAGCGGGGAGCACCAGGGGGGGCAGGCAGCACGCACAGCUCUGGAUCACUGUGAUUCUGCCCUAAAAUGCAUGGAGAGGAGCCAAAGGGGAGCAUGUCCCCAUAACUCUCAUGAACUGGGACACUUCUCUGGAGACGCAACCGCAGCACUUGCCCCAAAUCCCCCGUUUCCCACUGUCCAACCCCAAAACUAAAAAAAAACCCCUUGGUCCUCCCCUGGCUCCUGCCCUUUUCCCGUGGGUGGGUGCUCCACUCCCAUCCUGCCCCUGCGGUGCUGUUUUAAUGAGGAAUUUUACUAACGAGG